CGCUGGAAAACAUUUCAAGAUGUGGGGUGUCUAUUCACCAUAGGUAACAUCGCUACAUCGUGACUAGGUUGGAAUGACGUGAGAAAUGUGGAACCAUAGAGGCCGACUCUGACAGCGGGAGCUGCUGUACAAGUUGUCAGUCCUGUGUAGGGCCACUGUCGGCGGCUCUUCCCCGGCGUCCCGCUACUCCCGAGCCCCAUGCAAAACACAACGGUACCGGGCAGCUCCAUCAACUCUAACUCCAAUGUCAUUUGCUCCUGCAACUGCACUGGAUCCCAGUCACAGGGGAUGGAUAUAUCUGAACUGGAGUUUGUUCAGAUAGUAAUCAUAAUGGUGGUGAUGACAGUGAUGGUGGUGGUGAUUAUCUGUCUGUUGAACCACAGGCUGUCUGCCCUGGCCUUCUUUAGCAGACAGACACACAGCCACGACCAGGACAGACAGCGGGAUCAGGUCAACAUGCAGCACGAUGGCUGUGUGUGGCCAACCAACAGUUUGGUGAUGCAGCAGGGAACCACAGAGGUGAGUGGGAAAAAUGUGAUGUUUGGGCCCAGGCCGGCCCAGGAGAGGUUCAACCCUCCCUCCUUUAUGCAACGGGAGCAUUUCAGCCGCUUCCAGCCCACCUACCCCUAUCUGCAGCAGGACAUUGACCUGCCGCCCACCAUCUGUCUUUCUGAUGGGGAGGAGCUGCCGCCCUAUAAAGGCCCAUGUACUUUACAGCUAAGAGACCCAGAGCAGCAGCUGGAGCUGAGCAGAGCAUCCAUCAGGCCCCCCCCUAACAGGACCAUCUUCCACAGCGACCUGAUCCAUGUUUACGUCCACAGUGGUGGCCCUCGACCCCCGAGCAGUAACGCUGGUGUCAGUGCCGCCGAACGCAUGGAGGGACUGCCUCCCACCUACAGUGAGGUCAUGGGUCACUACCCAGGAUCCUCUGUGUUUCACCACCAGAACCAGUACAGCAAUAAAGAGCCGUUCGCCCAGUGGACAGGGAGCAAAGACAGGACACUCUCAGACAGAGACAGGCAGAUAAGCAAUGAAAGCACAACCACCACAGGCUCCUCUGGCUCUGGCAAGGUCAAGGACAAAGAGAAGGAUAGGGACAGGCGACGGGACAAACCAGUGUGAGGGGGGGGGGGGGGUUGUA